AACUUAUAAGCUAACUUUGUAGUUAACAAAAACGUUUUAAAAUGCUUUUGAAACGCAUGAGGAAAAUAAUGAGUUGCAUACUUUUAAGACCCCCUCCCCCAUUUUUUUUUAAAUAAUUGACACCCUAAACCCUCAUAAUCCGCGCUUUUAUCAACAUUUACGAGUCUUGUUUGUAAAUAAAGGAAUGAUUCAUUGCCGCAUUUAUUGCGCAUUACGAGAAGUCAUGACAACUCUUACAAGAGUACGCUUUUAAAUUGAUGAGAAUUAGCCUACUAUCGGUGUAUGUGUCACAUGAAUACUGAUACACUGAGCUGCACAUGAAGCAUAUAGAAAACACGCACACAGUCAUCCCACAACCUUUGACGAAGUGACAGACAGGUGGAAAUAUUGGGCUCUAAGCCUGUUGUAGGCAGUUCCCAUCAUUUCCUUAUUUAUGGCUUAAUUCCCUUGGAACCGGUGGAUCCAGUUGGGUAUUCGCCCUAGCCUGACAUCGAUUUACUCAGGUGUUGAACAGGCGCAGGUUUCACUUCACUAUGUCAAAGCAGUUUCAGAUCAGAGGAAGAAAUCUAAUAGUUGAGAGGAAAGCGCUUAGACGCGUGUGAAAUGGAAAAGCUGACGGGCUUGUUCGGCGCAAAGGAAGUCACCAAAACAUACAAACCCAAGCUUGCUUCCUAACUUUUUUCUUCUUUUUUUUUUCGUUUUGGUGCAAGAUCGUCCCCUGUUUGUGACCAAUAUGAACUCCAGUUGAACAUGACAGUCAUCAGAGGACUUCAUCAUCACAGUAGAGACUGAAAAGCCUCUGUCAUUGGAAAUAAUCGAUUGUUUUUACGCAAGGAUUUCUUUGGACACUUAUUUGCGUUUUCACAGGGGGGAGACCAAACAAAAAGUUCUGCCCCCUGAAUAUGGACAUGGAGGCGUCGAAUGGCUAUAUUGCAAGUAACGGCGAUUGCUCUCCCAGGAAGGAGAACUCGAAAAUGCUGGUGGACCUGUCGACCAGCACACCCAAUGGCCAACGUUCCCAAAGUCCUGAUUCCCCUGCUGCACGCACAAUCAAACAAGAGGAAGGUACUGAGGAGGAGACGGAGAGAAGGCCCGAUGAGGCGGGACACAGCGGUGAAGAAGGCUCUGGAUUGGAGGAGCCCAUGAUUGACAGCCCAAAUAACUUACAAGAUGCUGGGCAAGGAACAGAAGUGCAGAGUGAGACUGGGAUAAGACUGCCAAAUGGUAAAUAUAAUGGUGACCGGCCGUUCCAGUGUAACCAGUGUGGGGUUUCAUUCACUCAAAAGGGCAACCUACUGAGGCACGUCAAACUCCACACGGGAGAGAAGCCCUUCAAAUGCCCGUUCUGCAGCUACGCUUGCCGCCGCCGCGACGCCCUGACUGGACAUCUGCGCACACACUCAGUGGGCAAACCACACAAGUGUAACUACUGUGGGCGGAGCUACAAGCAGCGCACGUCAUUGGAGGAGCACAAAGAACGGUGUCAUAAUUACUUGCAGAGCGUCGGCAUGGACUCUGCCUCCAAUCCUGGCCCGUAUCCAGGGGAGGUACCAAAGGAGCAGAGGCAGCUGGAGGCUGCUGGGAUGCCGGCUUUCGACCGGCCUCCUGUAAUUGAAAGACUGCAGGGGAAUGUGGGUAAACGGAAGAGCACCACGCCACAGAAGUUUGUGGGUGAGAAAAUGGUUCGCUAUUCGUACCCCGAGCUGAGCUAUGAGAUGGGCCCUAAGUAUGAGAAGGAAGCUGAAGUAAUGCAUGCCCAGUUGAUGGACCACUCCAUUACCAAUGCCAUCAACUACUUGGGCGCCGACUCCUUGAGGUCUGUGGUCCAUCACCCAUCCCUCUCCAUGGCCGAAGUGCUGCCUAUGGUGAACCCGCUCUUCCAUCCGAUGUACCCGCUUGGGCCCCGCAUGGACCGUCCCAGCAGUCGUGAGCCUCCGUCUCUGCCCCAUCCAAACCCAGAGUUCCCGCACCCAACCAAUGGCGCAAUCUCCUUGGUCAGGCCCAAGAAUCCUCAAUCGGCCCGAGAUGGGUCCCCGUGCAACAGCGGACAGGAUUCGGCCGAUUCGGCACGGAGCAGCCCCCGGGACAAGCUUGGCGGGGCCGGGCCCAGGACGAGAUCCAGCCCGGGGUUUGCCCGGGCAGAGGAAGGCAGGGCGAUCGAUGCUGCCCGAGUCGCCGCCAGGGACGGCGUCCGCGUCUUCGGCCGUGAAGGUCACGAGCUGAGGGUGUUCCAGUGCGAACACUGCCGCAUCCUGUUCCUGGACCACGUCAUGUACACCAUCCACAUGGGCUGCCACGGUUACAGAGACCCACUCGAGUGCAACAUCUGCGGCCACUGCAGCAAAGAUCGCUACGAGUUCUCCUCGCACAUCGUCCGUGGAGAACACACCUUUCGUUAAGAAUCUCACGCACUCUUGCAGUCAGUUUACUGCCGAAGCAUUACGUGAGCACCGAUCGGCAGAUAUAUGAAGGUUUGGGUCCAAUGGAAAGUUUUCAUGUUGGAGCUGUUUGAAGAUUUUUGUUCUGGGUGAGGGGAUGAGUGUGUUUAUGUUGUGAAAGUUUUUCGUUUUAAAGUUCUUUUUAAUUUUUUCACCCCACACACAGUUUAUUGUUGCAUAUGUACUGAACCUUCCAACAGAGCAGCUAUGUGUUAUCUAAAGUUGUGAAGUUCUUUCUCUUUUUUUUGUCAUCUGUAUUACCUCGAUGCAUGCUGUCAUUCUGUUUAUGGACCUUGAUCAAUAUUACAGGUAAACCGAGCAACCAGGGGACCACUGCAGAACUAAACCGCUUAAUUUUGCAUACAAAAAAAAAAGACUUUUAUUCAGAGCUUCUUGCUGCUGUGGCUUCUCAGUGCCUUGCUAAUGUUUCGAACAGCACGAUUUUGCCUCUUAUGGAGUGUUUUAUAUCUUUUUAGCAUCUUUUUUCAUUGCUCGCUCUUUUCGAUGAAGUUCUGGGGCGUAUGAGAUGAAGCUUCGGUACUCGUGCUAAUGUCCUCAUGUCGGUGCUAUUCUAGUUUCACAAAAGCAGUCCUGUAGAGUGGCACAAAUCUUUCAAACACAUUUUAAUGAAGUGACGAUGACAAUCCCCCUUGUGUCUCGUAGAUUUUAACGGGAGACUUUUGCCAUGCUAAGGACAGAUGAGUUUUCCACGCUGUGUUUUGCUUCUGUUGCACAAUUACUAUCAUCUCUUGCAUUCUUAUGCACUUCGCUGAAAACAGCACUGCAACAUGCCUUGGUAAACCUGUUUAGCUUGAGGCCUUGGGUGAAAAUAUGCUAUUUCUAUUCUAUUGAUAAAGCAAACAAAGGUCAAUGUGUAGUUUAGCUAGUAUAUUAUCAUCUGUGAUUCAACAGGGAACAAGUCUGCACCUAUAUUAAGUAAGGUAUAAUGUACAACCCCCGACAGGGUGAUCAGGACCCCGGCGCGAAGCGGCUUCCACCAAGAAAAACUGUUCCUAGCAAGAAUACAGCGCUGACUUCAGUUACCCGGAUGAGCCUGUGCUAUCAGCUUUUACCGGUUGUUAUCGAGGGAUAACAUACCUCGGAAUGUCGCGACUGACCAAUCAGAAUCAAGUUUUCCAGAGAGCCAUGUAAAAAAUGCUUUAACAACAGGGUUGCCAUACUUUGGAUUGAAAUCUGUGAAUUUCAUUCAGCCUUCAGACCAAAUGCCUCAUUAUUAAUGCCUCGUUAAAACCAACUCCUCUGACUGUCUUCAGUGUUAACUCAAAAAAUAGUCUAGAUUUUCUUUUCUUUCCCCUUUUUUUUGGCCCACACAUGGACCUACAGUAUGUGUUUUAUGUUGAGCUUUCUAAGAGCUAAGAUCUGAAAUAUUCACUUAAAUGCACUGCAUAUGCAUUUUUGGUUAGACUCUGGUUAGCUAAAGCAAUUUAUAAUUUAAGUAACCUUUGCACAAUGACAAUUGACAAAAAAAUCUGCUUGGUAACAGAAUAAGGCAGAUCUUUAGAAUUAAACAACAAUUUUAUAGAUGUUAGACGAUUGCCAUCGAGAUUUCAUCACUAACCCGUACUGCACAAGAGCUAUUAGAAGAUAAAUUGCGGUUUAUUAAUCAGACAUUGUUUCGCCCCCGAACAAUUUUCCCAUACUUGAUGCAGAGACUUUUUUCACAUUGUUUUCAGGGCAUUAAAAUCAGUUAUAUGUAGACUGUUUUGAAUGUUCACAUAGCCGUUCAUUCUCCUUUCCUGUUUCCCUUCUUUCUUUUUUUCUUUACUCAAUGAUGAUCAACAUUUACAUAGAGCAUUCUGUAGCACAACCAUAAAUCAAGCUUUAAUCAAUGCAUACGGCUUAAAGUGUACAACCGCAGCCUUCACAACAUUCAGAACCUCCCUUGCACAUUUGUUGGGCUUUUAUGUCAGCGCUAAAAGAGCCUUGCAUCACUAUCAGACUUUGUUGUACCUGUUGUUUUUAAAGCUUUGCUUUUGUCUUUUCUGCUUUGAGAAAAACUCCAAAAAACUGUGAAUAUGCCCUUUAAACGUUAUGAGGAAAAAGACUUAAAAGGCACAACAGCACUGAUAGAAAUGCAUUCAUACUGUUUGAAUAAAUCAUUUUAUUGUUCGUUAAAACAUAGCUUUGCCUUUUACACUUCCAAAAAAUGUCACAAAUCUCACACACAUACCGCCUGGAACAUUUUGAAGAAUUGUAUUUGUUCUUGUGAAGCAUGAAUAUCUUUAUGAAUUUUAGCUUUUUUUUUUUUUGAUUGGUGUCACUUGCAGGCAUGAUAUUGUCUGUGCUCCACAAUUCCAGGGCAUUUUAUAGAAUUAUUAUCAAUGCUUAUUGUAUUUUUUUUUUCUCUUUCCAAAAAAGGAACAAGGUGAAGGAAACAUUGAUGUAAGACUAUGUUUACAACCAGAAUGAACAAGAGCACAUGAACAAAACCUGUUCUUACGAUGAGUCCACACUUUUGGGAGUGGAGAGUACUUGAAAUUACAAGAAAGGCACUCUAGAGUCAGGUUUCACUUUUUACGUUAAAGUGUAUGGGACUGCUAUUUUCUCAUCUGUGUAAAUAUAUAUUUUUUGUGUGAUAAAAGGUGUUUUUUAACUGUUCUUAUUCACUGUGGACCUUACAAACAGUAAGACAAGGGUUUGCAGUGUAUUUUUAUAUAAGUGAAUAAAUGUAUGAAUUAUAUACAGUAUAUUUUGGUAAAAAUGUUGAAAGGGGUUUAUCCUUUGCUGUGUGUUGCUUUUUUGGGUUUUCUCAGGUACAGUGUUGUCAAGAAUCUUCUUAUAAGGCAUUUGUAUGGAACUGUUGGAGAGAUUUGAAUAAAUAUUGAAUUGUUUAGUACUAUUUGACUUGAAAUCCAAAGUCAAAUAUCCAAAUAAACAUAUAUAAAUAUAUAUUUUAAAGAUAGAAAUCUUAUAAGUAAGACCAAGGUUUACUGUUGUAAAGCCAUUUCUAAGGUUGACUUUUGUAUCCUUGGCAUCUUUAAGGAAAGUGUGUGUCGUUCUAUGUUGGUUUUUAAAGCAUGGGCUUUUCUGCAUUAAAUACUGUCAUCAUCUGAA